CUUCACGCGACAGGAUGUGACGUAGUGAUUCAGCGACGAACACUGACACUGUUGACGUAAACUCAGUGUGAAGUGCAGAAGAACUUGGGCUUGUCAUCAUGUUUCAUGGAAUACCUGCUUCAGGAGGGAUGGGAGGAGCUCCAGCCAAUAAGCCUGAAUUAUAUGAGGAAGUGAAGCUGUACAAAAAUGCCAGGGAACGGGAAAAGUAUGACAACAUGGCGGAGCUGUUUGCUGUGGUAAAGACACUCCAAGCGUUAGAGAAAGCCUAUAUUAAGGACUGCGUGACUCCCAAUGAAUACACAGGCGCCUGCUCCAGAUUGCUUGUGCAGUACAAGGCUGCUUUCAAACAGGUCCAGGGUUCAGAUGUUGGUUCGAUUGAUGACUUUUGUAGGAAAUACAGGCUCGACUGUCCACUGGCGAUGGAGAGAAUAAAAGAAGACCGCCCAAUUACCAUAAAGGAUGACAAGGGCAACCUGAAUCGCUGCAUUGCGGACAUUGUAUCUCUCUUCAUCACCGUCAUGGACAAACUGAGGCUGGAGAUUCGAGCCAUGGAUGAGAUCCAGCCAGACCUUCGGGAACUGAUGGAGACGAUGAACAGAAUGAGCAACAUGCCACCAGAUUCAGAGGCUAAAGACAAAGUCAAUCUUUGGUUGACCACGCUGAGCAGCAUGUCUGCCUCUGAUGAGCUGGAUGACUCACAAGUUCGCCAGAUGCUUUUUGACCUGGAGGCUGCUUACAAUGCCUUCAACCGGUUCUUACACUCGUCCUAAACGACACUCUUCCACCAAAACUCGCUUUGUAACCACCCGCUCCUCUGUAAACGAGUUCCCUUUGCUCUUAAACAGAAUCCUGUCCUUCGAUACAGAACUCUGGUGUUUGGGACUAUAGUGACUCCCUGUGACAAAGAUGUGGUGUGGAAUAUCUCUGUCUAUUGAUAUUACUGUCCACCUCUUAGUUUCAUACCUCUAACAUAUAUAGUUGAAUUUAACAAAGACUAUUUCUUUAUAGCCCUGUUCCAUAUCUUCUAGCUUCCUGCACCCUCUUGACAGAAGCCCUGUAUAUUCAUAUGUUUUUGAGUGGUUAGUGGUCAUGUAAUAAACAUGCACAGGAAAUUUUUAUCGAUCACUCAUCAGAUUUUACACACGUCUAAAUUUACUUACCUUCUGUCCAGGUAUCCUUUUGCAAUGAUCAGAUUUUUAUUUUUUUACAUUUUGCAGUAAAACAAUAAUCAUUUUGGUUUGCGUUAAUUAUAACGCCGUUCAGAAGCAUGUAAUUAAAUUGCUGUGUCAGUCAGUUUAUUAGGUACUAGAGCGAUUAGUACCAGAAGGUAAUUCAGCGUAACUCAGAAAAUAAGGGCACUAAACUGUACCGUGUAUCUGUUGUAUCUUUAGUAUGUAUCUAUUACCUGCAAAGGUGCCAGAAGUGUACCUUUAUAUUACUGUAAAAAAAUAAAAAUAAUUAAAGGUAUAACAGUCAUCCUUAAGGUGUAACUAUGCUCUUUAAAUAGUUCUUAAAGGUCCUCUACAUUCAAUUGACCAUGUAAAAGAUAAAUACUGCAGGAAUAAAAGAUGUACUCUAAAGGGGCACCAACACAGUGAUGGAGAAAGGUACAGUUUAGUACUUUUUUCUGAGAUUUGUUAAUAUGUUAGUAGCACCUCGGCAUUCAGCUCUUUUACAUAACAAAUCAAACAAGAGGGUUUCAAAUACUAGAUAAAUAAAAUAUUGUUUUAACUCUAAUCUACUAUGUGAUUUGUUUUUGUGGUAACAAAUGAUUUUUUUUUUGCCUUGGAUUUCUGUAAAUGAUGGGGUCAUGAUACACCUGUUCAUUGUUGUUCUUUUUGGAGAAAUUGGUUUCACUGUACUAUAUUCAAAUAUAUAUUUAUUAAACUACGACUGUUAAAGCAUG